UACAGUUUGGACGAUACCAAGCCGCGGCCGGGGGAUCUGGAGAGUUGAGGUCGGCGCGACCAUCUUGUUGUUCCAGUAGUUUCGCUCGGACCCAGCUGCAGUUGCAUUGGUAACGGCCGCAGGGAGGCGUGACUGGAUAGGGCGCUCAGUCUGCGUCGGGCGGCCGUGCCUGUCGGAUGUCAGCGGACCGAGAGGUGUUUAGAGCAGUUACAGCAGAGCGGGCGGCGAGGCCCAGGAAACUCCGAAGACUCUGAGAAUGGAGGGGGCCGCGGCCUCGUCUCAACCGGUACCUCCGCCGACUCCGGAGAAUGAGGCGGAAAGCAGGCCGGGACCGGAGGAGAGGAGCGGGGAGAGGGCCGCGCUCAGCCUGCUGGAGACGUGCGGCGUGUGUCGGUCGAAUAUCCAGAGCCGGAGCCCUCGUCUGCUGCCAUGUCUGCACUCCAUGUGUCAGCGCUGCCUGCCGGCUCCCAGCCGCUACAUCAGCCUGCCUGCGGCGGCGGGCCCUCAACCAGGCGGCCCCAGCGCCCCCCACCCGGGGCCCCCUGCACCUAGCAACACUGGCUCCAGCACUACUGUCCAGGUGGGAAUCAUCCGGUGUCCCAUGUGCAACCAGGAGUGUGCGGAGAGGGACAUUAUAGAAAAUUUCUUUGUACGUGACACCACAGAAGUCCCCAGCAGCACCGUGGAGAAGCCCAGUCAGCAAGUUUGCACGAGCUGUGAGGACAAUGCGGAGGCGCGCGGCUUCUGUGUGGAGUGCGUGGAAUGGCUGUGUAAGAACUGUGUGCAGGCCCACCAGAGGGUGAAGUUCACAAAGGACCACACAGUCCGGCAAAAAGAGGAGGUUCCUCCCGCAGUGGGAGCAAAUAGUCAGCGUCCCGUAUUCUGUCCGUUCCACAAGAAAGAGCAGCUGAAACUUUACUGUGAAACCUGCGAUAAACUGACCUGCAGAGACUGUCAGCUUCAGGAGCACAAGGAGCACAGGUACCAGUUUAUAGAAGAGGCUUUUCAGAGCCAGAAGGUGAUCAUUGACACACUCAUAGCAAAACUAAUGGAGAAGAACAAAUAUAUAAAAUUCACCGGAGACCAAAUCCAGAACAGAAUCCAUGAAGUUAACCAGAACCAAAAACAUGUGGAGCAAGAUAUAAAAGUUGCUAUUUUUACACUAAUGGUGGAGAUUAAUAAGAAAGGCAAAGCCCUGUUACACCAGCUGGAGGCACUGGCAAAGGAAAGGAGAAUGAAGCUGCUGAAGCAGCAGAGCGAAGUGGACGGCUUCUCCAAGCAGCUGGAGCACGUGGUCUAUUUUUCUAAGUGGGCAGUAUCCAGCGGCAGCAGCACCGCGCUCCUGUACAGCAAACGAUUGAUCACAUAUCGGCUCCGUCACCUACUGCGCGCUCGCUGGGAUGUCGCCCCCAUAACCAACAACGUUCAGUUUUUGUGCGAUGCAAAUUCCUGGGCUCAGCAUAUCUUUAACUUAGGCUCUCUAGUAAUUGAAGACUUGGUGGACCCCUCUCAGCAGACAGCUCCUGUGGACGGCCAAAACUCUCAGGGGAACCCACCCGGCCACCAGCAAUACAAAUUCCCAUCGCAGAUUAACCUGGCGCAGCUCCGCCUCCAACAAAUGCACCAGCAACUCCUCGCCCAGAGACAGCAGGGGCAACGACGGCAAAGUGCCAACAUGGCGUCUCAACCUAUGGUCGUGAAUAAUCCAAGAGUCCAAGCACCCGGACCCCAUCAACCGCCAGUUGGUCAGGGGCAGCGGUUUAUGACUGUCCAGAAUAUCAAUCCACGGGCUAAUGGUAUGAUUUCCCAGCAACCUCUGCGGUACCCUCCACCAGAGAUUCAUAUGCAGAACAUUCCCCGGAGAGGUGCACCCAACGCAGUGAGAGUGGCCUACAUGGCCCAGAAUGCCAUGAAGCAGUGGCAGGCCACUGGAAACCAGAGCCUUUCCCACCCGGCCAUUAGCGGCAGCUCUACCCCAUCCAGUCCAACCAUCAGCAGUGUGGCUGGCUGUGAUGGGAAAGGUCUGUCCUCACCCGUUAUGGAGUUGGUGUCUUCAGCAGCAAAUUCCUUUAACCUCCCUCCCCUGCCUGAUAUUGACAGCACUGAUCACGUCAUGAUGGACAAGUUGAUGCGUAAAGACAUUGCUAUAGAGAGUCACCAGCAGCGCAUGGUGUCCCACCGAACCGUCCAAUCCCCCAAUUCCUCAGUACCAUCUCCGCUAGGGUCCAUGGCCAAUAUUCACCCUCCAAUCCGUACCUCAAGCGCAUCCAGUGUGGGCAGUCGUGAAAGCACGGGGUCUUUCAGCAAACCAAGCGGAGGUGCUGACUCAACACACAAAGUACCUAUAGUCAGACUGGAGCCCAUCAAAAUAAAGUCUGAGAACAGUGUGGACAGCGAGACACUCGAUUAUCCGGUGGUGGUGGUAAAACAAGUGAACAGACGCCAGCAGCAGCAACAACGUUCCCACAACUCAGAUUACUCAGGAAGCCUCCUAACCUCUAUGCUGCUCGAUAGAAAUGGCAAUCGGACCACCAAAUUUGAUGCAGGGCCACGGAGGGACACUCCAGACAGUACUGGUGACCGCCACGUCGUUCAGGAGGGGUCACUGUCGGGAUCAAGUGACUGGAUGACUCAGAAUCAUGUGACAGAGAGUGGUGGAAAAGAAGACGAUCCCAAUGAAGACUGGUGCGCUGUGUGUCAGAACGGUGGCGAGCUGCUCUGCUGUGAGAAGUGUCCCAAAGUUUUCCAUCUCUCCUGCCAUGUGCCUACACUGAUGAAUUUCCCCAGCGGUGAGUGGUUUUGCACCUUCUGCCGGGAUCUGUCCAAACCAGAAGUGGAAUAUGACUGUGACGACCCUGCCCUGGCAGAGAAGAGGAAGCUGGGGGGUGUGGCCAUCAUGGCGCCAGUCGACCAGAGGAAAUGCGAGCGGAUUCUCCUGUACAUCUUCUGUCACGAGAUGAGUCUGCCCUUCCAAGACCCUGUUCCACUGACGGUGCCUGAUUAUUACAGAAUAAUAAAAAGUCCAAUGGAUUUAUCACACAUAAAGAGGAAACUUCAGCUGAACGGCUCGCCGCACUACUCACAUCCAGAAGAAUUUGUAAGCGAUAUCCGGUUGAUCUUUAAGAACUGCGCUGAGUUCAAUGAGCCUGAUUCUGAAGUAGCCACAGCUGGCAUCAAGUUGGAGUCGUACUUUGAGGAGCUGCUUGCUAACAUUUACCGAGAUAAGAAGUUCCCCAAAUUAACUUACGAGUUUGCUGUCUGUGAAGAAGAGAUCGAUGAUUUUGUGGCACCGCGGAAAAAACGUUUCAAAGGGGAUGAGCGCAUAUUUUUCAAAUGAACUUAGUUUGUAGCGAGUGCCGAUGUACAUAAGAUGUUAGCUGUUCAAUAAAACUAUUUUUGGAAAAGGCUGUGAGCCUGCGACUCGUAACCCGGUCAGGAUACAGCCCAAACAUGCUGCCAGAUGAAGGAAGCAACAUGGACAAGUCUCUGCACCUCCUCCUGUUUUAGAACAGUGUUUAGUUCAUCCUCGUUCAGUCUACUGAACUGUUCCCAGGAUAUUUCUACAUCAUCUCGGAUUAUUAAGGUUGUCAUGGGUUUGCAUCGGAUGAAACUUUGAGCAGAGAGUCUGAUGUGAACAGUCGUCUGGAGACGAAACGCGGAGACUUCUCCAUUUUACAUUUUUGCUUUCUCUGCACAGUCCUGUCUAUUUACAGGGUGAAGAAGUCAGGAGCCAGAGUUGUUUUCACUACUGCAAUGGGUCUUGUGACAUUGAUUCACCAACAAAGCCUACGGUCUGAUAACUAUUAUACAGAUCACGGAUAGAAAGAACCUCCACAUUAAGUUGAUUUAUUUUGUACAGCUGUAUUACCCUGAACUGCGUUCACGAUUUUGCAGCUUCAGAGGUGAAAUCAUCCAGCUUGUUCAUUGUCUGUGCAGAACUUUGGUGAUUUUGCAUUUUGUGUAUUGUUAUUUACACCAGUCUCUGCAGUCAUCUGAUGUAGAAUAAACUGCCCCCUGCGGUAUAGGAGCUAGGCUCUUAGUCAGCAAGCAUGUGACAGCCAGCAGAAUAUUGAGUACAGCUCUAGAGUAUACUACAGGGGGGUAUGGCAGGAUCAGUACAAGAUAAGUAAUGUAUGUACACAGUGGCUCCACCAGCAGAGUAGUGAGUGCAGCUCUGGCAUAUAAUACAGGAUAUAACUCAGGAUCAGUACAGGAUAAGUAUUGUAAUGUACGUACACAGCCAAUAUCAAAAGGGUUCCACCAGCAGAUUAGUGAGUGCAGUUCUGGAGUUAAAAAAUACAGGCUAAGUAAUGUAUUUUUGUAGAUAAUAAUGUAUGCGAGUUGGAGGUGAUCAUGCACUGUUUUUUCUGAUGUGUUCCAGAUUUUCACUCUUUUUUUUUUUUUUUUUUUUUUUUUUUUUCCUUUUGCUCGUGCUUACCAUUCUCCAUAGGAUGUCUUCCUCUUUAAAGUUUGUAGGUUUAUUUCAUUUCUGAUCGAUAAGAACAGAUAAAGACUUUUCUGUUGUAACAAAGUUAAUUUAUCAGCAGUCCACAUGACGCAUUCCUGAAUUUUUUACCUUUUUAUUUUUUUCUUCUGGCUUAGAUGUUUCUCAGAACCCCCUUUCAUAUGGCCCGGCAGGGUGUGGUGAUUAAAACAAAAAACAUCCAACCGAUGCUGUGUUUCUUGCAUAGACUGGAAGUGUGACAAGCCGUCCACAUGCAUAUUACCACUGCUGGUCAUGGGCCAACGCCUGCACACAAUAGUAAUGUGGCAAAUUUAUUGGCUGACAGUGGUACACGCAUGUAGAUGAUACGUCAUGCUUCUGGUCCAAUCGUGACCAGAAGCAGAGGAGAGGACAGUGUUGCAUUGGAGAUAUAU